AGUGUCGGGACAGAGUGGGAGGGACGGAGCGUUGGUGAACCGCAAGGAGUGGGGCCUUUGGGGAGUGGAGAAAUUGAAUAAAACUGGGCGGACCUUAAAUAAGCAAAUUAAGAGGCUAGGAUUUGGUGGGCGAGGCCUAGAGGGGCGUGACCUUUGGGGCGGUGUCUCGGCGGAGCGUUGAGCUGCUUUGAGUGGGCGAGGGCAUCAUGGGGCGGAGCCUGACGUGGAAAUGUUAGCCCGCUCCCUUCUGCAGCGUAGCAUGAGACAUCGCACUCUAGCCUCCGUCCCGGCCCUGUGGGCCUCCAUCCCCUGUCCACGCUCUGAGCUGCGCCUGGACCUGGUUCUGGCUUCUGGACAGUCAUUCCGGUGGAGGGAGCAAAGCCCUGCGCACUGGAGUGGCGUGCUGGCCGACCAGGUAUGGACACUGACCCAGACUGAGGAGCAUCUUUACUGCACUGUGUACCGAGGGGAUAAGGGCCGGGUUGGCAGGCCCACACUGGAAGAGCUAAAGGCCGUGCGACAGUACUUCCGGCUGGAUGUCAGCCUUGCUCAGCUGUAUCACCAUUGGAGUUCUGUGGACCCCCACUUUCAAGAGGUGGCUCAGAAAUUCCAAGGUGUGCGACUCCUGCAACAGGAUCCCAUCGAGUGUCUCUUCUCCUUCAUCUGUUCCUCCAACAACAACAUUGCCCGCAUCACUGGCAUGGUGGAGCGGCUCUGCCAGACCUUCGGACCUCGGCUCCUCCAGCUUGAUGAUGUCACCUACCAUGGCUUCCCCAGCUUGCAGGCCCUGGCUGGGCCACAGGUGGAGGCUCAGCUCAGGAAGCUGGGCCUGGGGUAUCGUGCCCGCUAUGUGAGUGCCAGUGCCCGAGCCAUCCUGGAAGAACGGGGUGGACUUCCCUGGCUGCAGCAGCUGCGCAAGGCGCCCUACGAGGAGGCCCAUAAGGCCCUCUGCACCCUGCCUGGGGUAGGCACCAAGGUGGCCGACUGCAUCUGCUUGAUGGCCCUAGACAAGCCCCAGGCUGUGCCCGUGGAUGUCCACGUGUGGCAGAUCGCUCAAUGUGACUACAGCUGGCACCCCACCACCAAGGGUCCGAGCCCCCAGGCCAACAAGGAACUGGGAAGCUUUUUCCGGAGCCUGUGGGGACCUUAUGCUGGCUGGGCCCAAGCAACUCCUCCCCCCCACAGGUGCUGUUCAGUGCUGACCUGCGCCAACCCCACCGAGCUCAGGAGCCACCAGCAAAGCGCAGAAAGAGAUGCCCAGGGCCGGAAGGCUAGGUGGGGGCGCUGGACGAAGGGAUGCCCCAAAUACCCCUCCCCACCAUUCCCCUUCUCACCCCCAUCCAGUCUCAUGUUGGAAAGGGGGCUCCUUGCAGCUACCUCAGGGGCCAGGCACCCUCAAAUCAAGCAGUUUGCAUGACAGUGUGGGAUGGGAGUUGUCUGGGGAGACAGAGCUACCUGUGGUUUUAACCUCUUCCCUUUAUUAUAAGAAGGAACAAUAAAAUAGAAACAUUUGUAUGGAAAA